AUGGACCAUGGAUUGAUCAUUGAUGCGCUGGAAUGGGAAGUCUUGAAGAGUUCAGUUUCCUCUAAAAUAUGGAUUCAGCUGAUAAAGGCGGUUUCAGCGGACACCUAUCCUGAUCCAUCGACAAAGGCGAAUGCUAUCAACAUCGUGUAUGAACGUGCUGUCCGCGCGCUGCCCUACUCGUACAAGCUGUGGUCUUCGUACUUGCGGUAUCGACAGGAGGAAACUAAAUCGUUGUGCACAUCAAACGAGUGGUUUCAGUCCAUACGUGAGUUGUUUGAGCGUGCGCUUGAGCGACUUCCUCAAAUGCCGCUGUUAUGGGUUUCCUAUCUUCAAUUUGUGAUAUCUUCUCCAGUCUUGCGUAUCGUGAUGGUACGCCAUAUCAUCGGCCGCAGCCUGUGUGCGCUUCCAGUAACACAGCACCACCUCAUUUGGAGAACCGCAAGAGUCUGGUGUGCACACAGUGCCGUUCCCACACAAACGUUUAAGGCUAUCUGGUCUGUUUACUUGCAGUUUGACUGCACCGUGAAGGCUCAAACCCAGUAUUUCACGCUACUAUUUCAUCGUGGAAACAAUGAGGAGUUUUUGCAGGAGUGCAUAAGGGUUCUACAGAGCCGUACGGAUACUGACCCCCUCGUGAUUGACCGUGCGAUUUUGGAGGAUCCUGGUUUUUGGGAGCCGAUUGCUAUGAUAUUUCAGUCGGUCGGAUGGUAUUACUCUGGGGAAAUAAAGGCUCUAACUGAGCUCGUGGAGUACGGUUCCAAAUAUUGCGCCUCGCCACACUAUUUUUCAUUGUCGUAUGCGAUGUUUCUCUAUGGUCAGGGCUUGAUAACGCAGGGUCGCCAGGUGUUUACGAGACUUCUCAGUGAAGCCCCUAGCCCUGUGGAGUUACAGGAGACUUACCAUGUCGUGCUUGAGAUGGAGAACCAACUAGUGGAGUCAUUUGCGCUAAGUGAGGGACUGAGAGACAUGGAUGCCUCCCAACAGGCAAGGGUGGUGCGACAUGUGUUCGCAGACGCUUCUCCGCUGGACCAUCUAAGAUAUCUUGUCCACGAGUACCCAAUGUGGCUUAACCAAGCGCAAAUUCGAUGCAGUCCACUCUGCGUUCCGCUCUGGUUGAAACGGGUCGAGCUGCUGCAAGAGAGGAGGGCUUCGGCUAUAGACGUCGAGAGUCUUUUCCGCCAGGCGAUUGCCCACUGCACGUCUGGCAUGCGAGAGGUAGAUGCCGCGGUUGGGCAGCUUUUUCACAGUUUUGUGUGUUACCUGAUUUCCCAGGGGAAGCAUGAAGAGGCUGUACAGGUGCUUGCUGAGGGUGCGUGGGAUGUUCCUUUCACUGCAGUUGCCAUUAACGCCGACCUUUUGGGGCUUUAUGGCGAAAUACGAUUAGGGAUCUGCAAUAGUUCUCACUUAAAGGCAGUGAUGUCCGUUAUGCUCCAGAAGUUACUCACAUUCCCACAAAAGCGGGUGAGGGCGCGACGUGAGAUCCUUGCAACAUCAGCAGGUGCUGAUGCUUCAGCACCUCGCCUCGACUACCGUCCUUGGUUACUCUUAGCAGACUUAUGCAUCACAUCUAGUGAUUUGGAGAACCUCCACGGGGUUCUACGCCAUUAUCUUCCUUCAAGUGCGUUCACAGCUGAAAGCUGUGCGUAUACUGCCCACUCGUUGUGGAAACUUGGUGAUGAUGGUGGCGCUGCGCGCGUGUUGGAGUUAGGAUUGAAUACCUUUCGCCCUGAUGACGGGCUGUCGGUCAUCUUUCUAGUUGAUCAAUACAUAUCUUUCUUGAUAGCCAACAGCCGGAAAUCCGGAGUUAGGUCGCCGAUGCAUCAUGUUCGUGAGCUCUUUAGGGUUGGCGAAGAGGCGGCACCGACUGCCCUUCUCGUGGCACCGGCAGCAACUCUGAAUUUAUUGGUAACUUGGGCAUGGCUAGAAGCUGAGGAAGGACUAUUUGGGAAUGCUGUUCAAAUGUUACAACAUGCUGUACAGCUGGCUUUGAAACUGCUACCUGUGGAGCCACAUCGGAUGUUACUCAUAUGCAUCAUAGAACGUGUCAUACACUCGACUCACACGUUCAAGGGUCAUUAUGCGACGAGAGAAUACUGUCGUCAGCUUCUAGGAAUGUUGGAGGAUGUAGAACUCCUGCAGCGUGUUGCUUUGCAUUGGUCAGCGCUCGAGAGACGCUGCGGUGAACACGAGACGGCUCAUCUCAUUAUGGACGCGAGUUGUCCCAGCCAGGACCCUUCAUCUGCUCAUGGAGCGGUCUACUGGCAGCUGUGGGAAUCUUUGUGUGCAAAUGUUAGCGAGUUUGAAAAGGUUAAACGGCGGCGUGAGCAGGUGGCUGUCCGCUUUGCCAAAACUAAUGCCACAUCUUAA